GGAGGGCUCGAGACUCGAGUCGAUGCCAAACACCAAUCAUUUCGUCACUACUUUUAAUGCAUUGAAAGCACGAAAGCAUACAUUCAGUCAAUUCUUCACUCGUUUUUCAAACAAAACAUUUUUUAGUCAUUUUUUAAGUAAACAUUUUUUUGUAUGAUUUAAGUGACAAACGAUUGGAUCAAUUGGUUGAUCGCGAAGAGUGAGAGAUGAGUGUCCCUCACAGUCACGGCAGAAGACAUCACAUCAGAGGCAAUGAGACCGUCGAGACCAAAGACUUCAUCGCCAGACCCUAUCAGGUCGAGUUGUAUGAGGUCUGUAAGGCUCGCAAUACAGUUGUCUGUCUGAAUACCGGCGGCGGAAAGACAUUCAUAGCAGUGAUGCUUAUCAGACAUCUGUCGCCUCAAUGUCUGGUCGAUGGGAAGCGUACCUUCUUUUUGGUGCCAUUGAUUCCUCUGGUGUCACAACAGGCGGCUGUCAUCGAGACUCACACAGACCUAAGAGUCGGUCAAUACUGUGGCUCCACUUUCGACAGCUGGGAUCAAGAGAUGUGGGCACAAGAGUUAGACAAAUACGACGUGUUUGUAAUGAUUGAUGAGAUAUUUCGACGAAUCCUUGGCCAGGGAUUCAUCGCGUUGUCUAAAAUCAAUCUUCUGGUGUUGGAUGAGGUGCAUCGGGCCGUCAAAAACCAUUCGUACCGCGAGAUUCUUCGCAUGUUUGACACGUGUCCGCUCGACAAACAGCCCCGCAUUCUGGGUCUGUCGGCCAGUCUUAUAACGAAGAAUGCGUCGCCCAAUGAGAUCACAGCACUUAUCCGAAAGCUGGAGGAAACCACUCGAAGCACAUGCGAAACGGCAUCAGAUCUCCGGACUGUCAACAAAUACGGCGCCAAACCUAUCGAACAGAUCAUCGAUUACUCGACAUUCAAUAUGUAUGUCUCGAAGAACAUCCAACUCCUUAAGUUCAUCGCCGAUUCGUGCAUUAAUUUCCUCGAAGACAUCGAUUACGACUCACUGUUGCUCCAGAAGAACGCCAUUAAUGUGAAGACAUUAUGCAAAUCAAUAAAAGACACGCUCUUUGUGUUGGCAACGAUGGGUGUCUGGUGUGCGCAACAGGUCUCCCGUCUAUACAUCCGAGAGCUGUGCGACACCGUUGAGAUGUAUCGCUCCACUAAAUCCCAUUACACGGCCUUCUUGUCAGCGGUUCUCACGGCUCUUAACGUAAUUGACGUACAAUUAAGUGAUUUGUUGAGAGGUUUGGACGCAAAGCAGAAACUUUUGAAAUACUCUUCACCCAAACUUCUAGUAUUAGCCGAUUUGCUCAACACUUAUAACAAACCCAAUAAUGUCUCAAAUCUUUGCGGAAUAGUCUUUGCCGAAAGACGAUCUGUAGCUCGAGUUCUAUGUCUUUGGUUACAAGAAUUGGCUAAAGUAGAGGCCAAUGACUUCUCGCACUUGAAAGUAGACUUUGUUUUAGGCCACGGCGGGAGCGCUGGCGUUGGCAGCAGUUCUAUCUCUUACAUGAGUACCAAAAAACAAGAGGAAUCGCUGAAGAAGUUUCGUUCGCACGAUUGCAAUGUAUUGGUGGCCACUUCGGUGCUCGAGGAGGGACUAGACGUUCCGCGUUGUAAUCUUGUUGUCCGAUACGAUCCGCCAAAAACCUUCAGAGAAUACAUCCAAAGCAAAGGCAGAGCUCGGGCUGAGAGCGCAAAAUAUGUCAUAUUUGUCGAAAAGAAUGAGUUAUUCGAUAAAAUUAACGACAAUUUGCAUAAAUAUAAAGAAACGGAGAAAAUUCUCAACGAUUGCUGUCAUAACCGAUCCGUUCCGACUGAAGCGGAAAUUGACGAGAGCUUUGACGACCAACUGCUGGAACCAUAUAUGCCUAAGAGUGAAGAGGGAUCGGCACGAGUGACUCUCAACUCAGCCAUCGCUAUAAUCAACAGAUAUUGUUUGAAACUUCCGUCCGAUUCGUUUACUAAACUCACGCCUCAAUACAGAAUCGAAGAACUAAGUAAUGGCCGAUUCAUCUGUCGAUUACGCCUUCCGAUCAACUCUCAAAUAAGACACGAAAUAAGAAGUGUUGCGAUGCCUAACAAGAGGACAGCGAAGAAAGCGGCCGCUCUUAAUGCCUGCGAAAUAUUGCACAAAAAACGAGAGCUCGACGACAACUUCCUUCCGAUGGGAAAAGAAGCCAUUGAUUUCAUUAAAGAGUUGGGACUCGAGCCCGACGGAGACGUCGAACGGGUAGAGAGGGGUCCGCGUCCGGGAACCACCAAAAGGAGACAAUACUAUACCAAAUUAGUUGCAGACGUCCUUAAGAAUAGGCCAUUUGAUGAGAACGUGAAGUGUUUUCUCUACGAGUUCUCAAUGAAGUUGACUCAAGCCAUACCCGAAGAACAGAACACUAGAGGCCGAAAGAUUACCGAUCCGUCCGAUACGACCCGUAAUUUUGGAAUUCUGACCACAAAUAGAGUUCCUUUAAUCUGCGAUUUCCCGGUGUUUACGCGUUCGGGUGAAGUGACCGUUAAGUUGGUGUCCAUUCGGGACGACCUGUACUUAACGCCUCAGCAAAUCGAAGAACUCUCAGUCUUUCAUAAGUUUGUGUUCUCCGAUGUCCUCCGACUUAUCAAAUAUCCACAACUGUUUAACACUGAAAAAGCGGUUUCCAAUCACUUUGUGGUUCCCGUUAAUGUUUGCGACAAUACUGGCAAUAAAGAUAUCGAUUGGGAUUUUGUGUCUCUAAUCAAACGGCAUAAAGACUUUCCGCCCGAAUCUCUCACAACCGAAGAGCGAAAGAAUUUUGUAUUUGACGGAAACAAAUACAACGACGCGGUUGUCAUUCCCUGGUAUCGCAAAGAUAAGCCUCAGUUCUUCUUCUAUGUGGCGGAGAUCUGUCAUAACUUGAGUCCCGAGAGUCCCUUUCCCGACGACGGCUACGAGACGUUUGAAAAGUAUUAUUCAGGAAAAUAUAACAUCGAAAUUAUGAACAAAAGCCAACCAUUACUAGACGUGGACCACACGUCCGCUCGACUUAACCUUUUGACGCCACGUUAUGUCAAUAGAAGAGGCGUUUCAUUGCCGUCGAGUACUGAUAAAACCAAGAAAGAGAAGCGCGAAAAUUUGCAACAAAAGCAGAUAUUAGUGCCCGAACUCUGUAUUGUUCAUCCAUUUCCGGCUUCUUUAUGGAGGAAAGCCGUAUGUCUUCCGUGCCUUCUCUUCAGAUUGAAUGCACUUCUGGUCGCCGAACAGUUGAGAACAAAGAUAGCCAAAGAGACUGAUGUCGGCGUUAUUGAACCGCCGGCUGACCAGCCCUGGCCUCCGCUUGAUUUCGGGUGGACUGAUGUCGGCUCUCCCGAUGAACAGAUGGCUGACAACGAUUGCAAACAAAUAGUUUUAUCUAAUGAACCGAAUGAACCAAAAGAGCCGCUUCAAGAAGUUUGGGAUUUUGAUGAGAGUAUGACUGUUGAGAAUAGCGCCCCUUUGCUUGUCGGCGGUGGUCAGGACAUCGGCGAAGAACUAGUUAUUGACACAUUUGAUCCAAACAAUUAUGUCAUUUCUGAUGAUUUUGACGACGACUAUGACGAAGAGUUUUUGGCCGAAGAAAUGGAGAUGUUUUCCAAUAUUCCUAUUAACAUAAUCGGUGGACCAAAUGGAAUGAGUUCUGUCGUGAUUACAGGCAAUCUGGGACUCGACGAUAUGUAUAAUCCAAGACAAAAUGGCGCUCAACUACGGGAGAUAGCGGAUAACGAUUCGGCUCCAGUGGAUGACCACUCUAUAGUACGCGUGGGUUCUCCGAGUUUGUUCAACGUUACGCAUCCUAUGGCUAGUGAUGGCCGCGAGUGGAUUAUUGACGAACCGUCGACUGUCUUUCCAAUCGGCUUUACUGUUCCCGAACUUGAAGUUAUCUCGAUAUCUGAUGGCCUCAAUAUCGUGGGUCUGACCAAAGAUUUGGCUAACUUUCCGGUAGAAGAUUACGAUAGCGUUGACGGCUCUUCAGAAAUGGAUGACAACUAUAGCGACGAUGAAGAGGAUUACGACAGAGAAGAGCCUUCCAAUAGCGGCAAAGUUGCCGCAAAUGUGACCGCUUUUACCAAAAGUGGUAAGAAUAAAGUGGCAGAUAUUUUGGGAUAUGAGUUGUUUGUCGACUCAGCUGUGGCUUCAGAACAAAAUACAGAUCAAAACGAAGUGAUUAUCAAUAAAUUAUAUAAACAUAUCCGCACUGAAGAAACACCCGAAGAGAAUACCAGCGAAAGUCAAGAGGAGUUGAAAUUAUCAGACAAUUUAAAAACAGGUCAGAGCUGUGAACAGAAGUCAGAACUCUUUGAACUCUUGAGUUCGUAUUUAAAUGAUGAAAACGAGAAAACAUUGGAUGAAUUGGAUUGUGAUUAUUCUGAUGAAGAGAAUGAAGAAAAUGAUGACUUAGAAUCCGAUCAACAAUUGAUUCCAACUUCUGAAAGAGAUUUGUUGUCUAUUGACAAGAGUACGGAUAGAGAGACGAAAACUUUGGACACUCUUUGUUUUGGAGAUCUGUUACCCGAUCGCGAAAUGAAUGAGCGCUCAAAACAGCCGUUUAUAGAGAAUUUUGAUCCAUUGAAGUCUGACGUGACUAAAGUGGGUCCGAGUCCUUCAAUGAUAUUACAGGCGCUGACAAUGUCUAAUGCGAGCGAUGGUAUAAAUCUGGAGCGCUUGGAAACGGUUGGCGACAGUUUCUUAAAAUACGCUGUGACGGCAUUCCUGUAUUGCGUGUGUCCGUCCAUACAUGAGGGCCGACUCUCAUAUUUACGGAGCCGUCAAAUAAGUAAUUUAAAUCUCUAUCGAUUGGGAACGAAGAUAGACGUCGGGCAGUUCAUGAAUGCCACCAAAUUUGAGCCCAACGACAACUGGUGUGCCCCGUGUUAUGCGAUUCCCGAAGGAUUGGAAAAGGCAUUGAUUGAGUCCAAUACGGAUAAUGAGUCGACGGUGUAUGACAUCGGAAAACUCGAAGGACUCAACACUUUGAAUGAGCAACAGAUUAGAGAUAAAUUGCUUUCAACUAAAGGACACAAUUCAGAGCCUAAGAAACGAAUCUGCACUCAAAGCUCGCUUAGUAUUCCAUACAAUCUGUUAACUCAACACUCGAUUCCUGACAAAAGUAUUGCCGAUUGUGUGGAGGCAUUGAUCGGCGCGUAUCUCAUAUCGAGCGGUCCGAGAGGUGCCCUUCUAUUCAUGAAAUGGUUAGAUCUUAAAGUGAUGCCCAAACAUGAUGUCAAUAAUGACGAUUCCGAUGAUCCGAUCUGGCAUUGGUUGCCAACACCUAAAUCACCACUUCUUACAGCUUUUGACGACAACUUUACUGAAGAGGAAAACCAGAUGAGAGCUGAAAAACAACUCAAUGAACUAUAUUUGGGCCAUAAAUUGGAUGAAUUUGAGCGCAAAAUUGGCUAUGAAUUCAGAGAUAAGGCAUAUUUAGUUCAGGCAUUUACUCAUAAUUCGUAUUAUGAAAACCAAGUGACGGAUUGCUAUCAAAGACUGGAAUUCUUGGGCGACGCUGUCCUCGACUAUUUGAUUACUAGAUAUUUAUACGAAGACCCUGAGGGUCACUCUCCGGGAACACUGACAGACCUUCGCUCAGCUCUAGUCAACAACACAUUCUUUGCCUCUCUUUCUGUUAAAUACAAAUUUUACAAACACUUGAAAAUGCUUUCAUUUGAUUUGUUCCGAGUAGUGAUGGCUUUUGUCAAUAAGUUUGAUCACAACAGUCACACAAACAACGAUUUCAAUCUCUUCAUCGCUGAGGGAGAGUCGGAAAACGCUGAGGACAUAGAAGUGCCCAAAGCGUUGGGAGAUAUCUUUGAAUCGGUCGCCGGUGCCAUAUUCCUCGACAGUGGCAUGUCUUUGAAUGCCGUUUGGAAAGUGUACUACAGAAUGAUGAAACCAGAAAUCGUUUACUUCAGUUCACACGUUCCUAAGUCUCCGAUCCGAGAGCUUCUGGAAAUGGAGCCGCAAAACGCCAAAUUCGGAAAACCUGAUCUGAUUUCUGGUCGAAAAAUUCGUGUUUGUGUGGAAGUGUUUGACUUCGGAAAGUUCUAUGGCAUCGGACGCAACAAACGGAUUGCCAAAUGCACGGCCGCUAAGAGAGCCCUCCGCGCCCUUAAAGCCAGACGCAGAGAGUGAAUACAUUUCUAUUCAUAAAAGUAUCUGUGAUUUCGAUUUUUAUCACAAAAAAUUGAUUUUAAUUUUUCAAGUCAUUGUUUUUACAUUUAAAAAUGAAUAUAUAAUUGAUUACAACUUCCGAUUGAUUGAUGGAUUUGUCUUGUAAUUCAAUUAUAUUAAGUUACAUAAAAGCCAAU